AUGCGCUGUUGGCGAUCAACUAUAUUGAGAAUAUGUAGCCUCGCGGGAUCAAACACCGCGCGUUUCCCUCUUAUUCCGUCUUUCGCAUCACACGGUACCACCUUUUUUGCCACCGCAACUCCACCUUCCAUAUCAAGCCUUCCUUUACAGGAAGAGAUGCAGGCGAAGGGCUUUGUAAACUCCACUCCGAACUUUUCCUACAAUUUCUCAGAUGCAACCUCGACUUCCGAUUCUUCCGUCCCGUUUGCUUUUCAAACUACCCCCGCGUUGGGGGUGGAUCUCAUAAAGGAUCUUCAUGGGCCAUGGUUAGUAAUGACCGACGACCUACAGGGAGAGCUUUUUGUCGACCAUGACGCCUUUCUUUACUACCGCCCGGCGAACGGCAUCGGCUACGGCGUGGGCAAGAUAAAUCUCCUCAGCGGCGAGAGCGAGCUCGGCAGCGCCUUUGACGCUACGCUUAUGGUGUAUAGUUAUUCCCAAACCGAACGAUUCGCCCCCCUACACGGCAUCACUCUACAGAUUACGGGAAUGGUGAAUAAGGUCUCCGCGAAGCCCCCUCAGUCGUAUACGACAUUUUCGCUUAUCGGAAUUUGGCAAAAGGACGAUCCGAAUGCGGAUCCAAACCAAGACGGGAACCUUUCUCUCGGAGAUUCUUAUAAUCAAGGCAAACUUGCAAAUAAUGAGGGUCUUCAGCAGGAGGCAAAGGGCGCCGAAAUGGAUGCGAGCACGAUGCAGGAGGAUUCAUCUCAAUUACCAAACACUUCGGAUAAAAAUAAAACUAAAAAUAAUAAUAUUAGAAAGACUGGACAGUUUAACGCGGCGAAGCUCUCGCCGUGGGUUCCAACGCCGAAGGAUGCCCCUUGGCAGCCAAAUGAGGAGCUCCAGUCCAUGCUUAAACAAGUUUUCCCACAGGAUCUGAAGCUCACUUCACAUCUCCGCCGCGCGGCGGAAUCUAAAGAGGCACAUGCCCGCGUUUUCACCCCAUCUUCCGGAAAGGAGAAGGACGUGGAUAAAGACGAGGAGCUUCUUUCCGUGAUCUUCCGACCAAACCCACUCCAUCAUAUCGACCUUUCCCAAUACAAAGUCGGGCGUAUCCCUCACAUCUACUACAUUCCCGACUACAUCAACGAGGACGAGGAGCGACAGAUUCUCGAAUUUGUGAAAAACACCCCGAAGGAGCUCAAAUCAUCGCUGACAAAGCGCACAGCGCAGGAGUGGGGCUGCUCCAUGUGUGAGGAAUGUCGUCAGAGCUUUGUGAGCGACGCGAAUAUGCCGGAUUGGGUCCAGCAAUGCACGGACAUGCUCGUUCACGAUGGGAUUUUCGGCCCUAGCACCUUCCCGAACUCCGUGCGGGUUCACGAGUACGAAAAGGGGGAGGGCAUCGGCCCCCACACCGACGGCCCGAUUUACCUCCCGCAGGUGAGUGUGCUUUCUCUGGCCUCGACCUCCGUGAUGGGGUUUUACCCCCACACCCCCCUUCAUCUGGAGAACCCGAUGGAGCACUACAACGACACGUUUAAAUUCGAAACGGCGCGGGGGCGGCGGCUGGAGACGAUCGUGAUGGAGCCCCGCUCCCUGCUGAUCUUCCGUGGGGCCGCCUAUUAUUAUCACCCCCACGGCGUCUCGGACGAGGAGGUUGAGGAACUCACGUCGGAGGUCGCGAAUCGCCAUUUUUUACGGGAGAAGGAUAUCAUGCGGGUGGAGAGGCGGUAUCGCGUGAGUCUCACGACGAGGAAUCUUCUCACACGGUGCAAUCACCAGCCGAAUCGGGCGGAAUACAAUAUGAAACGCAUGUGGCAUCUUUAUCAUCACCUGCCACUACCAAAUCCGCUUUUUACUCCCUCUCCCCUUAUCGUCAAGGAGGAUUCUGGUAUUACAACAGAAUCUUCUUCUUCUCCUUCUUACCCUUCAUCAUCGUCAUCUUCGUUAAAUUCUAUAGGGCCUCUUUCGCCAAAACUGAUGGAAAAGUGGGAAAGUAAGAUGGAUCGUAUUUUCACCCAGCAAGCGGCACUAUCGGCGGAGGUGAAGGAGCUCAAAAUGCUUUUGGCAGGGUUCAUCUCCACCGGGAAUAGCUACCAAAAGGAGACGGCCGGUGUGCUUAACGGCCUUACAAAAUCUCUCCUUGAGGUAGAUUCCAAACUUGAGGAUCUGAUGGAUACAGUACAGAUUCAAAAAUAG